CACUCAAACGCAGACCAGUUGACGUCUACUAAGUCUUCAAGGAUUCAGGGCGAAAGACCUUAGAGGAGACAUUGGAAUUUGGCCUCUAUGUCUUAUGCAGGUCUUGAACUUCAAACACAGGCCAGCAGAGGGCGAUGUUGUCAAAGUGGUCCUUAUCCACAGUAAGGAGAUCCGCUUUCUCCUCUCCUCCUACACCACCACCACCAUCUUUGAGAUAAAACAGUGGCUUUAGGUUUCCAGCAGCAGCAGCAGCAGCAGAGAAGGAGGAGGAGGAGGAGGGCUGGCGCUGCAGUUGCGCUGGCACACAUUCAACGUGGGAGCACACAUCACAUCCAGACCAGGAGUUGAUUCCACUUCUCGGGGAAAAUGUGGCAUCGCACACUCGCGGCUGUGCUUGUUUUGUUGCAUUUCUGCGGGGAGUCGCUGGCCGGGUUUCCAAACCAGAUCAACAUCGGUGGACUGUUCAUGCGCUCCACGGUGCAGGAGCACAGCGCCUUCAGGUUCGCUGUCCAGCUGUAUAACACCAACCAGAAUGUGACGGAGAAACCCUUCCACCUCAAUUACAAUGUUGACAACCUGGAGUCCUCCAACAGCUUCUCCGUCACACACGCCUUCUGCUCCCAGUUCUCCCGAGGAGUUUACGCCAUCUUCGGCUUCUACGACAGGAAGUCCAUGAACACGUUGACCUCCUUCUGCGGGGCGCUGCACACCUCCUUCAUUACCCCCAGCUUCCCCAUCGAUGCUGACGUGCAGUUUGUCAUCCAGAUGAGGCCCGGUUUGCGGGGAGCCGUUCUCAGUCUGCUGGCCCAUUACAAGUGGGAGAAGUUCGUCUACCUUUACGACACUGACAGAGGUUUUGCCAUCCUCCAGGCCAUCAUGGAGUCGGCCGUGGCCAAUAACUGGCAGGUGACUGCUCGCUCGGUGGGGAACAUCGUGGACCCCACAGAGUACAGACGCAUCAUCGAGGAGAUGGACCGUCGGCAGGAGAAACGCUUCCUCAUUGACUGUGAGGUGAACAGGAUCAACUCCAUACUGGAGCAGGUGGUGACCUCGGGAAAAAACAGCAGAGGAUACCACUACAUCCUCGCCAACCUGGGUUUUUCCAACAUGAGCCUGGACAGGGUCUUCUCGGGUGGAGCCAACAUCACAGGCUUCCAGAUCAUCAACCCAGACAGCCCCAUCGUCCAGCAGUUCCUCCAGCGCUGGGAGCGCCUGGAUGAAAGAGAAUUUCCAGAGGCCAAAAACACUCCACUGAAGUACACGUCAGCGCUGACCCACGAUGCCAUCCUCGUGAUCGCCGAAGCCUUCCGGUACCUUCGGCGCCAGCGCGUGGACGUGUCCCGCAGGGGGAGCGCGGGCGACUGCCUCGCCAACCCCGCUGUGCCCUGGAGCCAAGGCAUUGACAUAGAGAGAGCCCUGAAAAUGGUCCAAGUACAAGGUAUGACAGGGAACAUCCAGUUUGACACAUUUGGCCGACGAGCUAAUUACACAAUUGAUGUGUAUGAGAUGAAAACCGGAGGCCCCAGGAAGAUCGGCUACUGGAAUGAGUACGAAAAAUUUGUAUAUAUUAUGGAUCAGCAGGUCACCAACGAGUCCUCUUCUGUGGAAAACCGAACAAUUGUGGUCACUACUAUUAUGGAAGCUCCAUAUGUGAUGUACAAGAAAAACUAUAUGCAGAUGGAUGGGAAUGACAGAUAUGAAGGCUACUGUGUCGAUUUAGCUUCUGAAAUUGCAAAACAUGUGGGGAUAAAAUAUAAGCUCUCAGUAGUUCCGGAUGGGAAGUACGGAGCCAGAGACCCGGAGACCAAGACGUGGAACGGGAUGGUGGGUGAACUGGUUUAUGGGAGAGCUGACAUAGCCGUGGCUCCUCUAACUAUAACGUUGGUGCGGGAAGAAGUGAUAGACUUCUCGAAGCCCUUUAUGAGCUUGGGCAUCUCCAUUAUGAUUAAGAAGCCCCAAAAGUCCAAGCCGGGCGUGUUUUCCUUCCUGGACCCACUGGCGUACGAGAUUUGGAUGUGUAUAGUUUUUGCCUAUAUCGGCGUGAGCGUGGUGCUCUUCCUGGUGAGCCGCUUCAGCCCUUAUGAGUGGCAUCUGGACGAGAACGAUGAGGUCAAAGACCCUCAGAGCCCCCCAGACCCUCCGAACGACUUUGGGAUUUUUAAUAGCCUGUGGUUCUCCCUGGGCGCCUUCAUGCAGCAAGGAUGCGAUAUCUCACCAAGGUCGCUGUCGGGGCGCAUCGUCGGAGGAGUGUGGUGGUUCUUCACCCUCAUCAUCAUCUCCUCCUACACGGCUAACCUAGCCGCCUUCCUCACCGUGGAGAGGAUGGUGUCUCCGAUCGAGAGCGCAGAGGACCUGGCCAAGCAGACGGAGAUCGCCUAUGGGACGUUAGACUCAGGCUCCACUAAGGAGUUCUUUAGGCGCUCCAAAAUAGCAGUGUAUGAGAAAAUGUGGUCUUACAUGAAAUCGGCCGAGCCCUCGGUCUUUGCCAAGACGACGCCAGACGGAGUUUCUCGAGUACGAAAGUCGAAGGGAAAGUUCGCGUUUCUGCUCGAGUCCACUAUGAACGAGUACAUAGAGCAGCGGAAGCCGUGCGACACCAUGAAAGUGGGCGGAAACCUCGACUCUAAGGGAUACGGUGUGGCCACUCCUAAAGGCUCUGCAUUAAGAACUCCUGUAAACCUUGCAGUAUUGAAACUCAGUGAACAAGGCAUCUUAGACAAGCUGAAAAACAAAUGGUGGUACGAUAAGGGUGAAUGUGGAACCAAGGACUCGGGAAGUAAGGACAAGACAAGUGCACUAAGCCUGAGCAACGUGGCAGGAGUCUUCUAUAUUCUGGUCGGAGGGCUCGGCCUGGCUAUGACCGUGGCUUUGAUAGAGUUCUGUUAUAAGUCACGGCAAGAAACCAAAAGACUGAAGCUGGCAAAGAAUGCCCAGAACUUUAAGCCAGCCCCUCCGCCAAACACCCAGAAUUUUGCCACGUACCGUGAAGGCUACAACGUGUACGGGACAGAGAGCGUUAAGAUCUAACGGAAGUGAAAAUGUGUCAAUUCCCACUGGAGCGUCUGGACGGAAAACAGCCACUCUGUGUGACCCCCGACACCCCGAGGCUGGCAUCCUGGAGGCGACUGUCUUCUUUGUCAUCAGCUUGGACACAAGCCUAACAAGUCAACAAGAGCUCAUUCUGGGUUUGUGAGGCCCGUCACACUAACAGAGGGCAAUGACGCAACAGGACUUUUCUUGCUUCUGGAAACAUGAGAUUUGCCUCUUGUAGUGCCUUAUGGAGCAUUUCAGCGUCAUGGCAAUGCAGAUAAAAAUUUGAAUUCACUUGAAAAAAAAAAAAAAAAUCAAAUCUGUGGAACUAUAGGGCAAAACAUUGCUUUAAAUGACAAUUAGAUGAACUGUUGUAAUUUCCGUUGUUUUUCUAUUCUGACGAAGAAGAUGAAGACGAAAAAAAAAGCCAUGAUUUGCAAUCAAACCGUCCUGGAGUACUUAUUAAGUCAUUUGAAUACUUUACAGACAUAUUUUUGUGGUGAACUCUUUUAAGUUGGAUUAAAUGUUAUAUUUAGUGGAGUAAAAAGUCAUUUUCUUGUUUUACUAUAAGACUAUUUUUCGGUUUCAUGAUAUUUAAGACAAAGCAUCGAUCAAUAGGGUUAAGCAUCAAUUAAAAGUGACGACGUUGUACCCCAAGUUUUUUUUUUUUACUCGGAAACUAUCAGUAAUAUGAAACUAUGGUCAUCAGAAGCUGCUUCCUGCGACCGUGUUAUUUCUCGCAGCCUGUUGGACUUCAUUCACAACUCAACUCUGUUCUCUUAGAUGCUUCUGUUAAAAAAAAAGAAGAAGAAAACGCAAGACUUGGUUUGUUUCAGCUGCCACCGUUUGGAGAUGAUUUAAAAAAAAAAAAAAAAAAAUUGAAAAUGAGGUCAGCUUCUAAUCACUUAGUGCCAUAUUGUUGAAAUCAUUAGAACUCGUAGGGACUAGGAGAGCGACCCCCCUCUUUUUUUAAUGUAACAGCAUAUUCCAAUGGUUUAACUGAGCUUAUGGUUUACACUUUGUACACACGUAGAAGCCGUUCUCAUGUAAAAUGCAGUAUCUGCAGCUGUGACUCUCGACAUUCUUUUGGUAACUGAUUACACACACACACACACACACACACACACACACACACACACACACACACACACACACACACACACACACACACACACACACACACCAUAGCUUCUUUGGUUGUGAUGAGCUUUCUGUGUCUAUGCAUUAAUGCAGAAGGCGAGCUUGGUGAACUGUACAUUGAGGAAAAAGAGCUACAAAUGAAAAACAUUCGUCUGUUUGUAUAAGUGAAUUUUUUUAUAAACUGAAGGAGAAAAAAAAAAAAUCAACCUACAAUUGCUACAAACCAUGUACGCCUACAUUUGUUUAGUAUAUCAGACUUUCUCAUCCUUUCUCUCUCCCCCCUCAAGAUUAAAAGUGCAUGUGAACUCGGUGAUAGUUUUACCAAACUGCAACUCGAAAUGGACCCUGGGUUUAGUUUUGCGUCCGAUGACGACGUGCGAUCCGGUUUGUUUUUUUGUUGUUUUUUUUUUCCAGUUCAUUUGUAACAGUACCUCAACCAUGAGAGUUGCAUGUAUGAACACAAUGAACCUCUGUGGAGAGGCCAUGUACAAAGGAUUUUAUUACAUUUCCUUAAUAAAAGCAGGUUUAUAUUCA